AUGACCGACACAGUGACUCUCCACACCUAUUUCCGCUCCUCCUGCUCCGCCAGACUCCGAAUAGCCCUACACCUAAAGCAAAUUCCUUUCAAAUCCGUCUACGUGAAUCUCCUAAAGGGCGAGCAAUCCUCCCCAGCCCAUCUGGCCAUCAACCCUUCAGGAACAGUACCAGCCCUAGUAAUCCAGCGCGACUCCAAAGCACCCGUGACAAUCACACAGUCUCUCGCCGCACUUGAGUACCUCGCAGAAGCAUUCCCAGAGCAAGGACCCGCGUUGCUCCCUCCGAUCUCGGACCCAGAGAGCCGCGCUGUAGUCCGCACACUGGCGGAUAUUAUAUCUUGCGAUAUACAGCCUGUUACGAACCUCCGAAUUUUGAAGCGGGUUGGAGCGCUGGGUGUUGAUCGUGCUGAAUGGUCGAAGGAUUUGAUGGAAGAUGGGUUUAGGGCUUAUGAGGUUGCUGUUAAGAAAUCCGCUGGCAAGUUUAGUGUUGGAGAUUCUAUUACCAUUGCGGAUUUGUGUUUGAUUCCUGCUGCCUGGGGAGCUCAGCGGUUUGGUGUUGACUUGAGUCAGUUCCCGGUUACGAAUGAGAUUGUGAAGAACUUGGAGGCGGAGGAGGCUGUUAAGAAGGGACAUUGGAGGUCGCAGGAUGAUACCCCCGAGGAGUUUCGUAUUAAGGAGUAG